AUGGUUUUGGGCAUUUUGGGGUUGUUGCUGCUGCUGCCCAUUAUCUGCUGCUCUGCAUGUUUAGAAAAGGAAAGAAUCGCUCUCCUCGAUUUCAAGCAAGGUAUUAACUUCACUUUUUACAGAGAAUAUUCAUCUUACUUUGUUAGCCCACCACUUGAAUCGUGGAGAGGGUUGAACUGCUGCGCUUGGGAAGGAGUGCGUUGCCACCCACACACUCGCCAUGUCCUCACCUUCGAUCUCACUCCAACUCCUGCAUUCCAACUCCUGCAUUUUGAGCACUUGGACCUCUCUGGCAAUCUCUUCAACUCUCUUUCCAUCCCUCCACAAAUUGGAGAGCUGAAGAGAUUGAAGUAUCUGAGCUUGCGAGGAUGGGAAUUCACUGGCCAAAUUCCAAGAGAAUUGACCAAACUGCAACAAUUGGAGCACUUGGACCUGAGUUUUAAUAAUCUUCAUGGUGUCAUUCCAAGAGAAUUGACUAAACUGCAGCAAUUGGAGCACUUGGACCUGGGUGCUAAUAAUCUCCAUGGUGUCAUUCCAAGGGAGAUUGGUAACAUGUCUACCUUGAAAUACCUUCGCCUCUCUCUGAAUAAUGAUUUGCAGAGCAACAAGUUGGAGGAGUGGAUAACACAUUUGAGAGGGUUGGAGCAGCUUAGACUGGGCUAUGUGAAUUUCAGUAUGGCAGGAGAUAGUUGGGUGGGGAAUAUUGCUUCUCUCACCAAUUUGACUGUACUUCUCAUGUACGGUUGUGGACUAACAGGAGAAAUUCCUCCCUCCUUUGCAAAUCUCUCAGGGCUUCAAGCGUUGCGGCUUUCAACAAACUCAUUAAGAGGUAACAUUCCUGCCUUUCUUGGAGCUCUCCCUCUGGUGGAUCUAGAUCUUUCUGACAACAAUUUGGAAGGUUCUCUUCCCUCCUCUUUAAGUGGCCUCUCAAAGCUAGAGUAUCUUGAGCUCAGUUCAAACAGAUUAAAUGGCAGCAUUCCAUCUACUCUAGGUAAUCUCUCAGCCCUAGGUUAUCUUGAAAUGGAGAAUAACUCUUUUAGCGGUCCAAUCCCAAUUUCAUUUGCUAAGCUAUCCAAUCUAGAACUUCUUUACUUGGCCAACAACAGCUUAAAUGGAACCUUUUCAUUUUUUAUUUUAAAUAAUUGCCCCAAACUCACUCUAGUGGAUCUCUCAAGUAAUAUGUUGACAGUAAAAAUUAGUGCUUCCACCAUUCCCAACUUUCAACUUGACUUCUUAGGGUUGCGUCAGUGUAAGAUUACAGGAAAUUUCCCCGCAUAUAUUUCAACUCAAUAUUCCAUUGAGCACUUAGAUUUGUCGAACAACUCUCUUAGCGGUUCUAUUCCGAAUUGGCUUUGGGAACACACACCUCUUCGAUUUCUUUCAUUGGCUAGAAAUAAUUUUAGUGGCUCUAUUUUAAAUUUUAAAUGUGAAACGAAGAAUUUGGAAAUUUUAGACUUGUCAUAUAAUAAGUUGAGUGGUAGCAUUUCCCAAUGUCUUAAGAAUUAUUCAGAGUUAUCUGUCUUAAAUCUAGAGAAUAAUAACUUAGAAGGUAUUAUACCAGAUCUAUGUGAGAGACUAAAUUCUCUUGAGAUAUUAAAAUUAGGAGAUAAUGCACUUAGAGGGCAUAUUACAUCGUCACUUGAAAAAUGUAGCUCUCUAAAAAUCCUUGAUUUGAGAAAUAAUAAUUUACAAGGGAACAUUGAAAAUUGGAUUAAAGACUUGCAGAGUAUCCAAAUUUUAAUACUCAGAAACAACAAGUUUAAUGGUAAAAUCCCAUUGCAAUUAACAAAAUUACAAAAUCUUCAAAUUUUGGAUAUGUCAAACAAUAAAUUUUUAGGGGUUAUUCCAAAUGACCUUAUGAAGUUGCCUGUAAUGACAAAUGAAUCAGAAAACACAAAAAUAUUUGAACAACAACUUCCUAUAGGGUCCACAUUUUAUAUAGAUGCAAUAACAAUUAAGAAUAAAGGACAAGAUUUAGAGUAUAAGACGAUUUUGAGAUUAGUGAAAUGUCUUGACCUCUCCAAUAAUAGUCUAUCAGGUAUCAUUCCUUGGAAUAUUGGAUCCCUCAAAGGUUUGAUUAUUCUCAACAUUUCAAGAAAUCAUUUCAAUGGCAAGAUUCCUAAAUCUAUUGGAGAGAUGCAAAUGUUGCAAUCACUUGAUCUUUCACAAAAUAAUCUAUCUGGGGCUAUUCCUACUGAGCUGCAACUUCUCACAUCCUUAAGUUACUUUGAUGUGUCCUAUAAUAACUUGUCAGGGUUGAUACCACAAGGAGCACAAAUGGCAACAUUUGAUUCUAGAUACUUUUCCAACAAUUCAGGCUUAUGUGGAUUUCAAGUCAAUACAUCAUGCUCAAGGGGUCACCCUAAUUUCUCAAAGGCACACGAAACUAACAAAGAUCUAGAUGAUGAUAUAUGGUGGAACAUGGGAAUGGCUACAGGCUAUGUAAUCAGCUUUUCAAUUGUAAUGGGAAUGUUGUGGGUCAAUAAAACAUGGAGUGUCACAUGCUGCAAAAUUAUGGAUGCCAUUAUUAUUUAUGUAUUUGAAAUAUUGAGAGAGAAGUUGUAA